UGGCGAGGGCGGAACGUAUGACGUCGAGCCGAUGCUCUGGCUGUUUAUUGUUCCUUCCUGAGCACCGAUACAGAAAAAACAGGCUAACAAGCUAUCAGCCUUUGUUUUCACACGGUUCUCGCUCUGUUUUACGAAGGUGUAACGGUUUAGACAACUGACUGCCACAACCAGGGGCCAUGGCGUACGCGUAUCUCUUCAAAUACAUCAUCAUCGGGGACACGGGUGUGGGAAAGUCAUGUCUAUUACUACAGUUCACAGACAAGAGGUUUCAGCCAGUUCACGACCUCACCAUUGGGGUGGAGUUUGGAGCAAGGAUGAUCACUAUAGAUGGCAAACAGAUCAAAUUGCAGAUCUGGGAUACGGCUGGUCAGGAGUCGUUCCGGUCCAUCACCAGGUCUUACUACAGAGGAGCAGCAGGAGCACUGCUAGUCUAUGACAUCACAAGAAGGGACACCUUCAACCACUUGACGACCUGGUUAGAGGACGCCCGCCAACAUUCCAACUCCAAUAUGGUCAUCAUGCUCAUUGGCAACAAGAGUGACCUUGAGUCGAGGAGAGAGGUGAAAAAAGAGGAAGGUGAAGCUUUUGCCAGAGAACAUGGCCUCAUAUUUAUGGAGACCUCAGCCAAGACUGCCUCUAAUGUAGAGGAGGCUUUCAUCAACACAGCCAAGGAGAUCUAUGAGAAGAUCCAGGAGGGCGUGUUUGAUAUCAACAACGAGGCUAAUGGUAUAAAGAUUGGACCCCAGCAUCCCACCACCAACUCCACACUGCCCAGUAGCCAGGGAGGCCAGCAUGCUGGAGGGGGCUGCUGCUGAAGCCCCACAACACAACGCCUCCUCCUGUUCCAGCCCUUCCUCCUCCUCCUCGCCCUCUCCAACCCUCCAUCACGUUUUUACAGAACUGUCCGGGCCCACUAACCGUUUAACUUCUCUCUUUACUGCUUCAUUCAUUCAUCCAUCCAUCCUGAGUGUCUUAAGCAUCCCUGUAUGAGGACAGAGUCAGGUUUACCUGCAAAUUUAUGUCAGACGUUUUCCACUUUGUUUUGGUUAGAUAAAAAGAUUUUAAACAUUUGAGUAAAAACACAAACAUAAUUCAGCCGUAAGAGUUUUUUUCUCAGCUAUUUAAUUAGUAAAUUCCCCAUUGAUUCACAUGAAUGUUGGGUAUUUUGCAGGAACCGAAACUCACAAAGAGCUGUCAUUGGCUACUAUGAGCUGACUCUGUUAGUACUCUUAACGGCUGACUUUAUGGAAUAAACCAGGCACCAUGUUGUGUCUAUACACACAUCCCUACACAUUUUUAAAGACCGCGUUGAUAGCAGGACAUGUUUCUACAUGCCGAGUCAGAUUUCAUGCUGUGCCUGUGUGAAUAGGGACAGCACAGAUAUUCCAGGACGUCAGUUUGUGAUGUGUGGGAGGCGUUCAAGUCGCUCUGUAUUUGUAUAAAAAAAAAAAGAUGCAAAUAAUGUCAUUUUCUGUCCAUGCUUUCCCCUCAUUAUCUUUGUCAUGUUACUUUGUCCUCCUGCAGUCUUUGUGUCCUCUUUAUCAGGUCACACAUGGUUUUUGUAUUUCAUAAACACUAAAACAAAAAAAAGCUUGGUGGAAAAGUGUUUUAAAAUGCCUGGGUAGAGAAUAAAAGACCAAACUGUUGAGUGUGAACAUCGAUCCCUUUGGAAGAACAGAAAAGACGAGCAGGAAAGUUAAAAAACGUCAAGGGUUGUCGAGCGGUUGCUGUCAUUAUGAAGUUGAGAAGAAAACGAAUGAAUUAGAAAUUGAUACUUUUUUAUGUAUUUAUCAGGCGCAUUUCUGUGUAUAUAUGGCUCUUUAGGUUUCUGUAGCUGUGUUGGCUGUUUAAGAUGAAGCGUGGCAUGUUGUUGUGGUCUAAUUAGGUCUUAGCCAGGGCCUUGGAAACACGCUGCUUGGGGCCUUUAAACAGCUUUUUAGCAUUUUGAACAAUUCUCAUUUGAACCCAAAGGAGCUCGGUCGCCCUGGUACAUUAGGGCUGGAGGUGUCCUUUCUAUUAAAUGAUAAGUAUGAAUGAUAACAGGCUGUUAACAGGACCGAGCGGAGGUAUUCAGUGUCCCUGGUGGGGGGACUUUGACUCGGUCUGAAAAUGUCAGAGCAUUUCCCUUUUAAGCGAGCUAAGAUUUCCACCUGAAUUAGCUGCCAGAUAUAUGAUGUGUACUGUUUAGAGCUUGAUCGAUGAGUGCUGCAAUGUUUGUUUGUUUUUUUUCUGUUUCAAAAACUAAAUUGUAAUCAGCCGUUUUAUGCUUACAUAGCCACUCAUUAUUGCUCCAUUCACCUCUUUAUAUCCUCGCACUUUUUCUUUCACAGACCGUGCAGUAACAAUAACUCUGAACUUCUAAUGCCAAAAUACUGUGUUUACCUGUGUUUUAUCAAUAUUAAAAUGGGCUGGUGCAAAGCAUCCACUCUGCCCCCCGUAGUCUGACCUGAAAUCAGCUGUCUGCCUUAACUCCAACAACACCCCCUGCCCCCAUUCAUCCCCCUUCUCCUGAGAGGCCUGGACAGCUGCAAAAAUGAGCGACCCCUUUAUCUGCAGACAGACAUUUUACCACUAACGGGUUAGUCGCUGCGUUACACAUGCAUAGAUGCACACUUUGGGAGAUUAAUCUAGGAGGCCUGGUUUGAAUUUUGUUUUUGAAUUGGGGCAUUUGAAGCAAAUCUAUUCAUCAUUUCCUUUCAUACCCCCUCCAAGCGCGCACACACGUACCUAGCCUGCAUACAGUAAAUGUAUGCAUGCGUAGAUAAAGUAUACAUGUUUUACUGUCUAUCUAACCAAGCUGUUUUUGUUUCUCUCUCCAGGCGAACUGUGUAACUUUUGGGUUUGACAUCAGUGCGAGUGAAUCUGUUUUCCUUGGCAAUGUGUUCUUCUCUAAUAGUUUAUUUUUUAAAAUUCCUUGAUAUAUAUUCUAAUGGUUAUUAAUCUGAUGCUGAUUAUCCUUUGUAAACCAACAUGUAGUGUGCGCGCGCGUAAGUGUACGUGUGAACCCAGAGGGGUUACAAGGGGAGGAUCAAGCCAAACCUGAUGUAUCUAUCUACCCACCUUAUCUAUCUAUGGAUUGAUCUAUCUUAUGUAUGUGGUCCUCCUCUUUCUUGCUCUUACCUCCUCUUUCUGACUCUCCUCCUUCCCCUCAAAGUUAUUUGCUGUGUUUGUUCUUUGGAAAAAAUAAAACCUAAAAAAAAGGAAAAAUGAAAAUGCUAUCACAAUAAACUAUAAUAAAACAUUCUAAACUCUAAA